AAAGUGCUAUACGAUUUUUUUGAGUAGAAAUGGUUCGACUCCUUCAUUACUGGACUUAAUUCAUAAACUUCAAACAACCCAUUAUAGUUUGUUGAGUGAAAAACUAACCUGCAUGAUUUAAUAGAACAGGAGAAAUGUGCUGGAGGAAGAGACUGAAUACUUUGCAUUUGCAUCGCUUGUACCAUGAAUGCAAAUUCAUUUAAACUUCCGCCUUACCAGUGAACAGCCCUGCUGUCAGGCCGGUCUGUUCACAAAGAAUCUCAAUGUUUCGUUUGUUCACAAACGAAACAUUUCAUGUUUUACAGCCAGAGACAGAACAAGCAUUUCAUUGAGGAGAGGGAGUUAAAUCAAACUUUAACCUUAGAGAAACUGGGUUUAAAGUUCCUGCAUCGAGUUUAUGAGUAAAAGUUUCAGACUGAACCAUUUGGAGAAGUUUCUGCUGAAUCUGUUUUUCUGUCACCAGGAACUUUCAGCUUCCAGAUUCUCCAUUUUCUGUUGGUUUCAUCAGCAGUGAGCAGAAAACUACAGGAAACGAUGUCAAACAUCUCCGAAGACGAGUGGAGAGACGCCAUGACCAAGAUCUUUGAGAAGCUGGAUGAUGAUCAAUACAGAAAAAUGAAAAGGAUUUUGACUGAAUCGGGAUAUCCCUCACCAAACAAGAUCACCUCCAAGUUUAAAAGGGAGCUGCCUAAAAACCUAAUUCAGAAGUUUGGAGCAGAGAAAUCCAUUCGCUUAGUCAACAAAGCAAUGAAGGAGAUACCAAGGAAUGACUCUGGAGUCCAGAACCUGCUGCGUCCUUUUGUGGACAAACUGAAAAAACAAGAAGGUGGAGAGACGAGCAGCCAGCCGAAGACGGAUUCUGCUGGAGCAGAAGAGCCAGAGCAGAACCAAGGUGCUUCAUCUGGACCCAGUCCACAGAAGAUGAUAAAUUCUGAUGUGAAAAUAACCAUCAGGGAUCUGAAGGCCAGUGGAGAUCUGGGUCAGAAGGUUCUGUUUGUGAAGGUUGUGGAGAAAUCCAACCAAUACCAAAGUAAAAACAAAAAUGUUUAUUUCCAUCUGGGAGUCGCUGAUGAGACGGAUGUCAUCAAAGUUGUGGUGUUUGGAAGCGAGCGGUUUCCAGACAUAAAGACCGGCCACUUCUACAUCAUCAGAGAUGCCUCCAUGGAUCGUCAGGAGAACGUUUUGAUGGUUACAGACACAACCAAGAUGUCAGAGACCGGCUCAUUCGAAGUUCCCAGUAACGUGGAGCUGGAAGCUGAAAAACUUAUUUUCAGUCCAGUUUACAGCAUCAGAGAGAUCCAGAGCUUUGAAGACAAGAAGGAAGUGAGUGUUAAAGACACCGUCGGGAAGAUUGGAGUCAUUAAAUCCAUGCAGAUGAAAGCAACACAAAUGAUGAAAGACAAGCAGGACUUUGAGCUGGACGACGGUACCGGGUCCAUGUGAAGAGGUUUUAUUCGUAUUAAAUGAUGUUCCUUUAUGUGUCAUAUAAAUGUAAUGUUUUUUGAAUCAUUGUCAAGGUGUUUUUUCUGUGCAGCUGGAAAUGGUGUACAAACUAAUGAACCAAGAUGUGUCUACUGAAGUAAGUUUCCAGGGUUGUUGAACUUCCCCAGACAGUUAUUUGGGAACUUGCUGUUUUUCCCGUGGCCUUCCCUGCAUGGAGACAGAGUGUUUAGUUUUCACCUCCCAUAGACAUUACAGUGAAUAAGCAUACAAGGUUUCGUAUGUUUUCCUUUGUUUCUUUUGUUUGGUCUUCGAAGAUCGAGUCUCCGCCUCGGUAGUAAAGAGAGAUGAAUAAAGUAACUAUGCAACUCUGGGUUCCUCAGAGCGGAUCCUAAUUUGUGCCUAAUGCAGUAUAUUUCUUGCUCUCCGUCUGCAGAUGUAUUAAAGAUUGUUUUUGCUCCCUAA